UCCAAUUCCCAGCAUAGAUCAUCCACCAAGGCAACCAAAGCUGUCUCUAUCUUACAACCAGACCUGGAAACAGAUUUAAUUGGAUCUUAAUAAUAUAUUUCAUCCAGGCUGUGGAACUGAAAUUUGGUGAGCGACCUCCGGCUAAACGGCUCACUAGGGAAGCUAUGAGAAACUAUUUAAAAGAGCGUGGCGAUCAAACUGUCUUAAUCCUUCACGCAAAAGUUGCACAGAAAUCUUACGGAAAUGAAAAGAGGUUUUUUUGCCCACCUCCCUGUGUCUAUCUUAUGGGCAGUGGGUGGAAGAAAAAAAAAGAGCAGAUGGAACGGGAUGGGUGCUCCGAACAAGAAUCUCAACCGUGCGCCUUUAUUGGGAUAGGAAACAGUGACCAAGAGAUGCAGCAGUUAAAUCUAGAAGGAAAGAACUAUUGCACAGCUAAAACCUUGUACAUAUCUGACUCUGACAAGCGAAAGCACUUCAUGUUAUCGGUGAAAAUGUUUUAUGGCAAUAGCGACGAUAUUGGUGUAUUCCUCAGUAAACGGAUCAAAGUAAUCUCCAAACCUUCUAAAAAGAAACAGUCCCUGAAAAAUGCAGACUUAUGCAUUGCAUCAGGAACGAAAGUGGCACUGUUUAACAGACUCCGAUCACAAACAGUCAGUACCAGAUACUUACAUGUGGAAGGAGGAAACUUUCAUGCCAGUUCACAACAAUGGGGAGCAUUUUACAUUCAUCUCUUGGAUGAUGAGGAAUCCGAAGGAGAAGAAUUCACAGUGCGCGAUGGCUACAUUCAUUAUGGCCAGACUGUCAAACUUGUUUGUUCAGUUACUGGCAUGGCACUCCCAAGACUGAUAAUUCGAAAAGUGGACAAACAGACUGCAUUACUAGAUGCAGAUGAUCCAGUGUCACAGCUCCAUAAAUGUGCAUUCUACCUUAAAGACACUGAACGAAUGUACUUGUGCCUUUCCCAAGAGCGAAUUAUCCAGUUCCAAGCCACUCCAUGCCCCAAAGAACCAAAUAAAGAAAUGAUUAAUGACGGAGCUUCAUGGACAAUCAUUAGCACAGAUAAAGCAGAAUAUACAUUUUAUGAGGGAAUGGGACCUGUCUAUGCUCCAGUAACACCUGUGCCUGUUGUGGAAAGUCUGCAGUUAAACGGUGGUGGGGAUGUAGCAAUGCUGGAACUAACUGGGCAGAACUUCACUCCAAAUUUACGUGUCUGGUUUGGGGAUGUGGAAGCUGAAACAAUGUACAGGUGUGCGGAGAGCAUGCUGUGUGUCGUUCCUGACAUUUCUGCAUUCCGGGAAGGCUGGAGGUGGGUCCGUCAGCCAGUCCAAGUUCCUGUCACAUUGGUCCGCAAUGAUGGCAUAAUCUACUCUACUAGCCUUACCUUUACAUAUACACCAGAGCCAGGGCCCCGACCCCACUGCAGCGCUGCUGGAGCAAUCUUCAGAGCCAGUUCAAGUCUUCUGGCAUCCAGUGAAACAAACACAAACCGCGAGGGAAGUUACGCAAAUGUCAGCACAAACCCAACCAACGUCACGUCGUCAGCGGCAACAGUAGUUUCCUAACCACUGCUCUUUGUGAAGAACUUCUUAAAAACUGACAUUCAAGUGCUUCAAACAACAGAACUGAACCAUUUUUGUGGGUUCGUGGGAAAAACCUCUUCAAUGCUCUUUGAACAUUUAUCACCUACAAGUGCUGAUCUUAGUAGAAGCCACAAUAUAAAAAAAAAUACAAGGGGAUAAAUGUCCCUUUAUUCAGAAUCUAUUUUUAGUUGUCUCUUUAAAAAUGGGCACGAAACUAAAAAAGAAAAAGUGGCUGGGAUAAAAAGUUGAACUAGAAAACAUGGAAUAUGGACAUAACUUAGUUUUUAUGGACCAAGGAACACUUUAGUAUAAAAGGUACAUUUUCACCAUGCCUUUUUGUAUCACAACAUAUAGUAUGCUUUUGUUACCAAAUAGUUUAUAUUUUAUUUUUUUCCCCUUCUCCGAGCAUUUGCUCUGAAGUAUAUUCAGGUUCCAGGCCUGACCAUGCUUGUAUAAUCUAAUUACCAUACUCUUCCAGUUUUUAAUAUAUAUAUAUAUAUCUAUAUAUAUAUUUUUGGUCUGUGGCUGGAACUGUUGCAUUUUUUUAAACUGAAGUCUUGUGACUUUUUAUGAACUGAAUUUUUGUUUUUAUUUUCAGCGAGUAGAACCUUGUAAAGGCCAGCAUAUUUUUUUUUUAAGAUUAUAUGAAGUUUGUGCAAAAGCUUUAAAAAAUGCCUCUGCCUUGCCUGCAAUACAUGCAAUGUAUAUGUUAACUUUAGAGCUCCUUUCCCAUCAUUGUGGAUAGUUCUUUCUAUGUGUUUCUUUUUAAAGUAUUUAUAGUGUUGCGUCAUGAGGUUUUUAACAUUACAAAUGUGGCCUCUUGUGCAGUUACCCAAACUGCUCAUUCUGCUGGGGUAAGUUGGUGUUUUGAAGGGUUCGUCCCUUCGUUCCACAGACAGUACAUGCAUCUGGACAUAUUUUCAGGAUUUCUUCAGGUUGGCUUUUUUAUUUUAUAAUUAUUAUUUUUGCUAAUCUUGUACAUAAUUGGCUAUCAAGUGUAAGUUAAAUAUGUGUGUGAUUUUUUUUUUCUCUUCUUCAUGUGGACUGUUUCCAAUAACUUCAUUUGGCAGCAUGUGUUUUUUUUUCUCAGCGUAUGACAUUCUUCUUGAAGCAUUGGCCAUAGUCAGGGAGUACUAGGUGCAUCUUUUCAUUGGGAGCCAUCAUAAACUACCAUGGCUAUCCUUGGGCUUUCGGCCCCCUUAAAGAAGUAAACUUUUGUAUGAUAUUCUCCCCCCUCCCCUUCUGAGUGUGAAGUGAUUGUACAGUGAAAUGAUAGUACUUAGUAAUGGUUGGUUGCAAAAGCACUGGUGUGAACUAUUCUCUUCCUUCUUUUUCUUCCUUGCCAACAGUCUAGUGCAGUUUUCAAGAUUUCAAAUAUUCAAAUUUCACAUUAACUAAAGGUCAGUUUACACACUGCUUUCUUCUCUCUGGUCAUUUUGGAAAGUUCCUUGUGGAAAGCUCCAUAGGAUUGUCUGUGAAUGAGUCCAAGAGAGCCAGGAUUUUACAAGCCCCCUCACAGAUGGGUAACUGAUUUUUUCUUUCCUGCUAAUUCUUUGUGUCGUAUCCGCUGACACAGUGGAGGGUUUCUUACCUUUUAGGAGUAGCUUUUCUGAGUGCAAAAUUCCCUGUACGAAGGAGUUCUCCAGAGUAUGUGUUAGCUGUUAGAUUCACCUGCUCUAUAAUCCCAGGAGUCUGAGUGACCGAGAAUUGUUUGAUAAUUAGGUGGCACAUAAAUGAAAGAUACAUUGGAUCAAUUCACAAGGCUGUCCUUCCACCUGGAUCUUGUUGGAAUGAUUGCUAGACUCCACUAUUGUAAGAGGAAAAAGUGUCUAAUUUGGUCCUUGAAUUGCACUAGGUAGCUGUCAGUAGGACUUUCGCUUGGAACUCAUAUUCCACCUCCUAUCCUCCUCUUAAAAGCUUGAAAUGAUAUACAGUUGUCCCUCCAUAUUCAUUAGGGUUAGGGGAACAAGACCCCCAUGAAUAUGGGAAAACCGCAAAUAACAAAAACACUGUUUUUACCUGAGAGGACACCUCUCUAGGAAUCUCUAGGU